AUGACGUGUGCUGGCAAGCAAAGGGCAAGGGCUGUUACUAUUCAUGUGAAUAGUACUAGCCCUUGCAAAAGCAAGGUGUGUUUCCACCCAUUGCCAUGGCAAAUGGCGUUAACGCUAGGUUGGCAUCAACAGCCCUUAGGCAAGAGCUUGAGCUCAUUUUGCCUUUGGGCUUGUCCGGUUUGUUGGGACCCACCUCCUGCUUGGGCCACACCUGUGCGUUGCAAGCUCGAAAUGGGGCUUGGGCUCCCUCUUGCCCAAGCCAAACCCUUGUUGUGGAAGUGCCCCUAUAACCCUUUCAAUGCAUUAGACACCAAAAUGAGAUUGACUGGAGAGACACCAUUUUCCCUGGCCUAUGGGAUCGAAGCAAUCAUUCCCCCAUACAUCACCGUCACUUCCAUGAGCAUUGAGAUGGGCAGUCUUGUCCAAAACUCCUACCAGCAGCAGUUGACGUCUUAUUACAAUAAGAAGGCAAAGAUCAGACAGUUUCGGCCCGGAGACCUCGUGCUCAGAAAAACUUUCAUCACAGCACCGAGGCAAGGGUCAAAGAAAAUGAAGCCAAACUGGGAAGACCCCUACGUGAUCAGCCGAUCUGGGGGCAGAGGAAGUUACACCCUUGACACUCUAGAAGGGAAAGAAAUUCCGAGACAAUGGAAUGCCCACCACCUUCGGAGAUAUUAUCUAUGA